AUGAAGCUGAUCCCGGUCAUUUUGAAUGGUAAAAACAUCAGUGGGAUAUCUGGUUCUAUAUCAAUAUCCUGCUGGAUUGUUGUGUUCGUACCACAGAUAUAUGAAAACUUUCGAAGACAGUCCGCAGAGGGAUUGUCACUGCUUUUUAUUGUGUUAUGGUUAUUAGGUGACAUAUUUAACGUCAUGGGAGCUAUGAUGCAAAACUUACUCCCAACCAUGAUAAUCUUAGCCGCGUACUAUACAUUGGCAGAUUUAAUUUUGUUAAUACAGUGCAUGUGGUAUGAUAAAGAGAAGAAGGGCAUUUUACAAGAAGUUAAAAAAAAUGUUGAUCCUGUACAUUUGUCUCCAGCAAACCCGAUAAACGAGACUGUCUUACAAGACGUUUUUAAUGAAUAUGAACCACUUUUACCAAGGACAGAGGAAGAAGACAGCCAAUCAUACAGCUCGCUUGAGCUCGGCAGAGAGGUAGUCGCCGUAAAGGAGAGAGAGAAUUUUUUCAAUGACUUGCUAAUUGUUUCAGGUGUAAUCAUUGCCGGAGUUUUUUCAUGGUAUAUAUCUUAUUGUUCUGGCCUGGAUAACGAUACUCCCAACAGAAAGCCUGCUUUUGAAAAGAUCAAUUUACCUGCCCAAAUUUUAGGAUAUUUAAGUGCGAUACUAUACUUGGGCUCUAGGAUUCCUCAGAUUAUUCUUAACUUCAAAAGAAAAUCAUGCGAAGGCGUCUCAUUUCUAUUCUUUUUAUUUGCAUGCUUAGGGAAUACUUCUUUCAUAAUAUCAGUGCUUUCAGUGUCAAUGGAUCCUGAAUAUUUAGUCUUAAACGCAUCUUGGCUUAUCGGUAGCGCUGGUACGUUGUUGAUGGACUUCACGGUUUUUAUUCAAUUUUUCCUUUAUGCCAAACCUAAGUACGAGAAAAUACUAAUAGAUAAUUAA